UAUUAAUUCGCUAUUCGCUAUUCGCGACUAUUCGCUAUUCGCUAUUAGGGUUUUCCAGACACCCGUCGGGAAAGUCCGACAAACACAUGAAAAGAUACUUUACAGAUGAUGUAUGGAUUCAACGUAUGGAUUGUCACCUUUGCUAUUUUCAGCUGGAAACAAUUUCUGCUAUACUGUCAAAUAUGAAAACAAAUCGAUCUCUGGUUUUCGAGCCUUGUUUUUUUUCUUGGUCACGACAUAGUCUCGUGACCAACCUUUGACCCCUUUUGACCAACCUCGUCCCCAGGGCCUUCUCCACUUUUCAAAACGACAAGCCGCUGUUUUGAAAAUCGUCGAAGAGAAGGCCCUGAGGACAAAACGAAAAUUUGUUCUCAGUCCUCCGUUCAGUUGCCAAAUCCAAGAUGUCGGCCAGUUCGCUGGUAAAACUAUCUGCCUCUGCCGUUAUUCAGGACGGAUGCAUCGUGGACGGAUGCGACUUGAGUACAUUACCUAGAACUGUCCUGCAAGAACUUCUCUUAACCUCAAUUUCCAAGUCGAGGAUGCUCUGUUUAAGAAGUCUGAUCACAAACUGGCCAAUGCAACAUCUUGUUCUGCAGAAUGUCUCAAGUUUUGAUGAACCGAAAGCAGUUCUUCUUGCUUACUGUUUACAGAGGACAAAGUACGAUUUGAAGCUUGUGGACAUGAGAGGAUGUAAUAUUGGCCUUCAGGGGACCAAAGCAUUUUGCAAGCUGGCUGGAAAUAUUCCAGUGUCAGAAAAUGAUGUGUCAGGAAUGAAAAUUUUGGACACAUGUCCUAUUGAAUAUGAUUCUUUCAAAGAAAAUUUCUCAACAGAUUUUCCAUGGAAAAAAAUUCCUCCAUUGGUAGUGAUGCUUGAUUGUGUCGUUGAUGCAGAUAAUUGUGGCCUUGCAAUUCAGGCAUGCAUCAACCAUUCAAUUCUUGACCUUAAGAUGUCACAUGUGACCAUACAUCCUAUUGGAAGACAAAAAGUCCACUGCCUGUUAUCCUCUUUAGAGCCUGCGAUUGUCACUGGCUUGAACCUGACAAUGAAUGGCCUGCAAGAAGAAGGAAUCAAUCUCAUUUCACCAGUUCUUUUAACCCUGUCAAACCUCACAGCACUUAACCUAUCUUACAAUGGUAUUACACGCCACAACACUACAGCCAUUCAGCAAAUAGCAAAUAUCUGUGGCAAACUACCAAAACUAAGGAAACUAGAUCUAACUGGUAACUACAUCAGGUCAGGAGUGUGUAGUAUUCUGCGACACCUGCAGUCACCACUGACACAUCUGGCUCUUGGAGGAUGUGGUGCCCGAGAUUAUGAUCUCCGUGAAAUGUGUGCUAUGGACACUGUUCACAAUUUGCAGUCUUUGAAACUGGAUGGCAAUGGAUUUGUCAGCUGUAUUGAACUCUUGUGCACAUUUGUCCUUAAAUCAGCAGCUACACUGGAGUAUUUAUCAUUAGAGGACAACAUGUUUGACUCAUCGAGUGUCACUUUGCUUGGUCAGAUGGUCAGCCAGCUGCCAUUGCUUAAAACACUGUCUUUAUCUUAUAAUCAUCUGUUACCUGAUGACAUUAGAACAUUUACAAAAGACUUUCCUGCACUUCAUUUAAUAAACAGAGACUGGCUUUAUUGAAUUGGAAGAAUAUUUUCAUGAAUACUCCACUGUAGGAGUCUCACGCCCCUGCUUGUGAGAGGUCAUGGAGUGAAGACUUGAAUGAAUUUUGCCCACUUUUCAAAUCAGACCCCAGUUCAAGUCAGAGUCCAAGUCAUAUGUCCAAGUUUAAUCACAUGUAACACUUUGUAUUACCUAACGGUUAUUUGAGAGCCAGCCAUUUUCAACUGAGUCGGCACUACAGGCUAAGCAGAAUGCUUUUUAGUAUAGGCUUACAAGCUAAGUGUGAUAAUGAGGCUAACUGUUUAGCUUGCAGAAAUUCCUGUAGUUUAGUCACUUGUCUCGUGCCCACCAUCUAUCAUGUUUGAAACCAUGAGGAGUUGUAAUAUGCUAUAAUUCCCAAGAAGUGAUCAUCAUCAUCAUCAUCAUCAUCAUCAUCAUCAUCAUCAUCAUCAUAAACCUUAUUUACCCUUGAAUUUACUUAGUAGCAUUGCUGCUAAUUUCUUCGAACUAGCAAAUGUGUCCAUGACAGACAGCAUGACUCUGGCAUUUGACUCACCAGCUUGAAUUUGAUGCAGACUCAGUUUUAACUCAGGAAAAUUCCAAAUUCAAGAAGAUACCAAUUAAUCAAUCCUGAAGAUGACUGGAUAUUGGCCUUGUCCUUUUUU